AUGGUGAACAUGAUCAAGUCUUUCUACACCUCCAGUUUGCUGAUUGACGUCCUGACUGUUUUUGGGGAGCUGUCAGAGGAGUUGAAACAGUUUCCUGUGUUUUCUUCCUGCAUUUCAGAUGAGUUUGGAGCCGAAGGUUUCUCAGGACAGAGCUUCUCACACGGAGGCUCCUUCAGGGCAGAUCUUCCCUCUCAGGACCAGAAUUCAAAUCAAGGUCCAGCCCCAGGAAUCGGCUUCUCUCAGGAUCCUGGAUCGGCUCCAGGGGGCCAACCUGCCUCAAAUUACAACAACAUCCAGAUCCCACCGGGGGCCCACGCACCGGCCAACACUCCAGCAGAGCUGCCUGCCCCUUCAGGAGAAGCUGUUAAACCGAUGCCUGCAGCCCGAGCCGUUCCUAAUGUUGAUCCGUCUCUAUUCAACGCCCAGCAGCAGGGCGGCGUCCAGCUCUCCCCAGAAGACUUCACCAAGGCGCAGAAAUACUGUAAGUACGCUGGCAGCGCCCUGCAGUACGAGGACGUCGGCACAGCCAUCCAGAACCUCCAGAAAGCCCUGAAGCUCCUCACCACCGGCAAAGAAUGAGCUCUUUGUCCCCCCCUCUCAUCUGACUCCGCCUUCCUCCUCUCCCUUUCUUCCUCCUCCAACCCCCCCACCACCACUUUUCCUCUAUCUGUCUCCAAUCUGGUCCCAAUGUGACGUUGUCACACUGAGGCCGCUGGCGUCAGACGAGGACACGAUGGAAAUCGGACAGAACAAUGGCGGCCUGUGUCCGCCGGCUCACCAAUUGACGGGAUAACUGACCAACUGACUGCAGGAUUGACCCAAUCAGCUCGUCACCAGCUCUGGUGGUUUAUAUUGUUCUUACAGCAGGUUCAAAACACCAAGGAGUCGGACACAAACUUUUAGUCCUAACUUGUGUCACUUUAUCAACUCAAACUUGUUUUCAAGUUUUCUUCCUCUUUCAGUCCAAUAAAUAAAGGAGUACACUAACCCACCCGCUUCUGUGUCUGAGGCUUUGCCUUAUCGGGAGGAGUGAUUGUUUCUGAAAUCUGCUGCAGAGCAGCGUUGGUCAUCAUCCAGUUAAGCUUCAGUUUGGAUUAGCUUCGUUAUAAAGAGGCGAGCAUGCUAAUGAGCCAAGCUAUUACCAUCUCUGCAGUUCUUGAUGAUGAUACAGUUUAGCAAAUGAAUGUUUUGGUCUUCCGCCCUAUGAAUAAAUUUAUAAUUUUAUCUUUUUUUUCAUCACAGUUUUUGUUCUCCAUCACCUAAGAUCCAGAGUUUUCAGUCUUUUAAAGCUUCCUUCAUCCUUUUAAGGUCUGAAUACUUUGUGUUCCUGAUUCUUCAUGCUUUAUGGUGCCUUGGCAGUUGGCACAAGACCUGGGAGUGGGUGGAAACCUGACAGUGUGGCGUUUUUAUCACCCACUGACUGAUCCGUCGGCUGCAGAUUAAGUGAUUUCUUCACCUUCACUUCUUUCACCUGAAACACUCAUUGAUUGGACCAAACGUCUUCUGGAUUCAUCGAACUGAAACCAAACCAACAAACACCCACCGUAGAAAUAAAUCAGCUGUUUUCUGUCCACCUUCAAUCGGAUUCAGUCUCAUUGUUUAUCCAUGUCGGACUAACGGCUCGAUUCUCAUUCUGGAGGAAACUGUAGAGGACGGUGCACAGGGACCGCUGGAGAGCAGGGAACUUGUUUAACCUUUGAUUUCUAACGUUUACAUAUCACUGUGUGUAGAAGGAGGAGAGGUGGCGAAUGUAGUUUAAAACAUUUUUCUGUAUUUAACUUGAUUUAUUGACUUUAAAGGCUUUCGAUUAACUUUGCAUGAAGCAUCAGAAUCGCUUCAGUUCGAAUAAAAUGUUUG